AUGGCGGAUCAUGCGGAGAUGGAGUCCAAAAUGAUAAAAAAGGCAAAUAAAGAAAAAAAGCUUAAAAAAAUGUUAGCAAAAAAGAGAAAACUUGAAGAAGUAGAAAUUGAUGAAAAGCUCAUCAAAAAGGCAAAGAAAUUAAAAAAACUGCAAAACACUCAAGUCUCAGAAGCAGAAGUCAAUAAGAAAAAGAAGAAAAAGAAAGCUCUUCAAGCAAAAGACAAUGGAAUUUCAAAUGGUCAUGUUGAGUCUCCAAAAAGGAAAAAGAAGAAAAAUAAAAAAAAGAAAAACAAAGUUGAUGACGUAAAAGAAUCUGAGGUAAAAGAAAAUGGAAUCGAAAAUGACAAAGAACUAGAAGACGAAAUUGAUGAAAAAAAAGAAACCUGUGUAGAAUCUGCAGAUUCUGGUGAUGAGGUUGAAUCCAAGGGUGAUUUGGAAUCCAUUGAAGCUUUAGAAUCGGAAGAUGACGAUAUUGAAACCCCAAAGGAACAAUUGUUGCCUGGCAGCAACUUGUCAACUGAAAUUCUUUCCGAUUCUUCCUUUGCAACUUUGUCCAAGUGCAUUUCCACUGAAACAUAUGAUGCCAUCAAAGAAAUGGGUUUCACACAAAUGACCGAGAUUCAAGCCAAAUCUAUUCCACAUUUAUUGGAAGGACGGGAUCUGAUGGGUGCUGCCAAAACAGGCAGUGGCAAAACUUUGGCAUUCCUAAUUCCGGCUGUUGAACUGAUGUACAAACUGAAAUUUAUGCCAAGAAAUGGUACAGGAGUGAUUGUCAUUUCUCCUACAAGAGAAUUGUCUAUGCAGACAUAUGGAGUCUUAAAGGAAUUGCUGAAAUUCCACCAUCAUACAUUCGGAUUGGUAAUUGGUGGCACAAAGAAAGAUGAUGAAGCAAAAAAGUUAGUGAAGGGCAUCAACAUUCUUGUAGCAACACCUGGCCGAUUAUUAGAUCAUUUACAGAAUACACCCAACUUUAUGUACAAAAAUCUACAAUGUUUAAUUAUUGAUGAGGCCGAUCGAAUUCUUGAUAUCGGAUUUGAAGAAGAAAUGAAAAAAAUCAUCAAAUUGCUACCGAAAAAAAGACAGACCAUGUUAUUCUCAGCUACACAAACCAACAAAACCGAAGACUUGGCAAAAAUCUCUCUGAAAAAGGAACCAAUUUAUGUUGGGGUGCAUGAUACGAGUGAAAAGGCAACUGUGGCUGGCUUGGAGCAGGGUUAUGUUGUGUGUCCAUCAGAGAAACGUUUCCUGAUGCUCUUUACAUUCCUGAAAAAGAAUCGAAAGAAGAAGAUGAUGGUUUUUUUCAGUUCUUGUAUGUCAGUCAAAUACCACCAUGAACUCUUGAAUUACAUUGAUAUCCCUGUUAUGUCUAUUCAUGGUAAACAAAAGCAGAAUAAGAGAACGCAAACAUUCUUCCAGUUUGUAAAUGCCAAGGAAGCAAUUUUACUUUGUACGGACGUGGCUGCUCGUGGCCUGGACAUCCCAUUGGUGGAUUGGAUCAUCCAAUAUGAUCCUCCAGAUGAUCCCAAGGAAUAUAUUCACCGAGUUGGUCGAACCGCACGGGGUGAAGGGGGAUCAGGAAGAGCCCUUCUCAUUCUACGUCCAGAAGAACUCGGAUUUCUUCGUUACCUGAAAACAGCAAGAGUCACAUUAAAUGAAUAUGAAUUUUCAUGGAGUAAAAUUUCUGAUAUUCAACCACAGCUUGAAAGACUUAUAGAAAAGAAUUACCACCUCAACAAAUCAUCUCGUGAAGCUUACAAAUCCUACGUUCGAGCCUAUGCUUGCAGCAGCAUGAAAGAUAUCUUCAAUAUCAGAAACAUGGACAUGAAGAAAGUAGCAGAGUCUUUUGGCAUGAAGACACCACUUUACGUUGACCUUGACUUUCAGCAGCAGAAGUCCCGCAUCCGUGCCUUGAGCAGCAUCCCAAGGAGUGGCAACAAGUUUGGAAAUGCUAAAAAUUUCAAGAAGAAACCUCAACGCAGUUUCCAACAAAUAGGCAAUUAA